CGAUAAAAGUUUUAAACUAUAGGUGGCCUCGGUCAGACCGGCAUAAAAUCAAAUUCAGAACAGUGCGCGCACAAAUAACGGCAAUAGGCACACGUAAUUGGCGUCUGAAAUACCCUGCUGACAGUAAACAUCUCAUCUCGUUCAUCAAGUACCCGCUGAAUUCCACCCAGAGAGCGAGAGAGAGCCGGAAAGAGCGUAAGCUUGUUCAGAAUCGCAUCUGCAUCGGGUAAAAUCGCUAACCCCAUGUAUAUUUUGUUAGUAUGACGGCAAUAAUACUCCUGGUCUGCCACUCCGUUCGCGAACUCGUCGAUCUCUCAGAUGCGCUGUGGCAGAACGCCUUUAAUAUCGAGCAAAGUUUAAACUAUUACCGCAUCAAGCGCCGCUUGCAGCUGUUUCGAUUUCACUGCCGCGAGUUGUGGUUGCGUCAGUCCCUGAAUAACUCUGGCACGAUGCAUCGGAGGCCAGACAUCGAUUUUGCAGCUAUUGAGGCGGGUGCAGAAUGCAUCCAAAAUAUAGAUACUUUUGACUGCUCCACGAGGGAGUUACACGAAAGGUUCCAGCAGUCAGAGGGCCGGCACCUUAUGCCGUUGGACUUGGACAUCGAGGUGGUGGAUGGAAAAGAGUGUCAAGCCUCAUUUUACGAAUAUCCAGAUGCAGUGCCAAAGUACUUCAACGAUCAAAUUGGACAAUUGAGCGAGGGGAUCAGUUUCACCGUUACCGGGAAUCUGGCUGUAAACUGUGAGAGAUUCUCUAUCAAUCUUGUUCAUAACAAUGUGACCCGAGAUGUGGCGCUCCACAUUAAUCCCCGGCUGCCACAAAACUACAUUGUUCGUAACACCAAAGUACAGGAUAUAUGGGGAAGUGAGGAAGUUUCAUCGGCAUUGCCCUUCCUUCUAACUCGCGGCGAUAAGUUUUCCAUUCAAGUGCUUGUUACUGACGCAUGCUAUAUGAUAUCGGUAAACGGACAGCACUUCGCAGCAUACAAACAUCGAAUUCCUUAUAGAGAUGUCAGCAUUCUGGAAGUCAAAGGUGAUGUUAGUAACGUGGAAAUGCAGCGAACGUUGGUCCUAACCUAUCCUCAACGAUUGCCCGAGUCCGAGGCAAAAAACAUUGAGCUCCACAUUGAUGAUGAGAUUGAUGAAAUUGACGCCAGCGUCGAGGAGACCGUCAAAAUACCUCAUGAGUGGUGCCUUAUUAACGCUCCGAUCACACAGUCAGACGGGUCACCAAAGAGUACUCACAGUUCCAAUGAUUUUGGACUUACCUUACCCUAUUAUGGAGCACUGCCGCCAAAUUCGUUGGUCGAAGGUCGAUGUCUGAAGAUUGAAGGGCGAGUGCGCCUGCUUCCACACUCUUUUUACAUAAACCUACAAAAGGGGCAGGACAUUUGGCCCCAUCCAGUCGUAGCAUUCCACUUAAAUCCACGCUUUUCAAAAGCAAGCAGCGGCGCCUUAGGAAAGGCGGUGGUGUGUCGUAAUGCCUGGUUAAACGGUGCCUGGGCGGAAGAGGAACGUUCGGAGUUUGACACAAACUUUCGUCCCGGCCGAACUUUCAGUUUGGUCAUUGUAUGUACCAAAGACGCCUAUGAGGUUUAUGUGAAUCGGCAAUUUAUGACCGAUUUUAAGUAUAAGGUCAGCCCUGCGUUGGUUGAUACCGUAUAUAUACAAGGAGAUGUUAAACUGUGGAAUGUAACGUUGGAACAAAAUCCUCUUAUUAAGGGUAAAAAUGUACGCGUCUACCACAACCCUUUGUAUACAGAUGAAUAUUAGUUAUUUGUGGCUAGGCCUCAGCAACCAGCGUAAAUGGUUUUAUUUCCUUGUUCUUGUUUUCUCAGUAAUUAAGUGACAAUAAUUAAGUGAUAGGCUGCUGUUUUUCAUAAUUUUUAAAUAAUGUAAUAUUUUUUAACCAUUAAAGCUACGGGGUGUUACCCGAUUUAUAUUAUUGUAA